UUGCUCGACAUUCUUCAGAACACGUUUUUGAGCGGACCGUAACCCGGAAGUGUGUCGCAUUCAUUUCGUAUUGUUGUGUACAUGCGUUUACCAACCGCAAACUUUUACUCCGCAUCCAUGCUGAAAGAAUAAUACAGUUCUCAACGGAAAAAUGCUUGGGACAACCAACAUCGAGAAGGAAAGUCCAGCAAAAAAGAUUGCUGCGCCGUCUGUGUCGCAGAUUAAUGCAGAAUACGUCACGCAGCUGGCAAACAAAUAUUGGGCCCCUCAUGCAAAAAACAAGCUACCGUUUGACCCUAAGGUGAUGGAGGAUAUUUAUGAAAAAGAGAUUCUCAUGUCAAAAUUUGCCAUUAGAAAAAUCAUGUUGCUGGAGUUCAGUCAGUACCUGGAAAACUACCUUUGGGUGAACUACAACCCAGAGGUGUCCAGCAACGCCUUCCUCAUGUCUAUUAGCUGCAUUGUCAAUGAGAAGUUCAGGGAAAAUGUGCCAGCUUGGGAGGUAUUCAAAAAGGAGCCUGGCCAUUUUUCUUUCUUCUUCAAAUGUGUAAUGGAAGCCCUGUUGGCGGGCGAUGAAGGCGGCCUUACCCUGAAAGAGCAAACAGUGCUGCUGGAAUUUCUCGACCACUGCUUCAAUAGUCUCGAGGUAGAUUUGAUCCGAGAGCAGGUGCAGCAGCUCAUCUCUCUGCCUAUGUGGAUGUGUCUCUUACCGUCUCGACUCCAGCACGAGCUGAAAAAAGUUCCCAAGCUGCAGAAGUUCUGGAAUCUCAUCAAGAAGAAAUUAGACAAGAUGGAUGCCGACUCGGCUGAACAGGCUAAAAAGGAGCGAACUUUCCUUUCGUCUCUCAUUAAAAAGUUUCACGGGGUCCUUGAGUCAAUUCCAUCAUCAGGGAGCAUCAGUAUGGACAAGGUGCACUACUGCGAGAGAUUUGUUGAACUCAUGAUUGACCUGGAGGCCCUGCUGCCCACCAGGCGUUGGUUCAACACAGUGCUCGAUGAUUCCCACCUUAUGGUUAGUUGCCAUCUUUCCAGCCUCACUGAACGGGAGAAGGAGGGCCACCUUUUCUGUCAGUUGCUCGACAUGCUUAAAUUCUACACGGGCUUCGAGAUUAACGACCAAACAGGAAUGGCCUUGACGGAGAAGGAGAUGACAACGCUACAUUAUGACAGAAUCACAUCGCUGCAGAGAGCAGCCUUUGCUCAUUUCCCGGAGCUGCACGACUUUGCCUUGUCCAACGUGGCCGCAGUGGACACUCGGGAAUCUCUGACCAAACAUUUUGGCUCUCUCAGUCCUAAUAUGCUACACCGGGUGGCAUCUUACUUGUGUCUGUUACCUGAGCUGCCCAAGGACCAAGACACCACCCAUGACAAAAAGGUUCUUCUUGAGCUCCUGGUGUCCCGUCAUGAGCGCAGAAUCUCUCAGAUUGAGCAGCUGAACCAGAUGCCCCUUUAUCCGACCGAAAAGAUAAUCUGGGAUGAGAACAUUGUCCCAACGGAGUACUUCUCUGGUGAAGGCUGCCUUGCGCUCCCCAAGCUCAACCUCCAGUUUUUGACCCUUCACGACUACCUACUGAGGAACUUCAACUUGUUUCGCCUCGAAUCCACUUACGAGAUCAGACAAGACAUAGAAGACGUGGUUUGGCGCAUGAAACCCUGGCAGUCCGAAUAUGGCGGCGUGGUAUUUGGCGGCUGGGCCAGGAUGGCCCAGACCAUCACCGCCUUCACCAUCGUGGAGGUGGCCAAGCCCAACAUCGGUGAUAGCUGGCCUGCACGCGUGCGGGCUGACGUCACCGUUCACCUAGAUGUGCAGGAUCACAUCAAGCAAGAGUGGGAAGGGCUGCGUAAGCACGACGUUUGCUUUCUGAUCACGGUGCGGCCCAACUUGGCCUACGGCACGCGAUUUGACCGGCGCCAAGCCUUCGUGGAGCAGACUGGCCUGGUGUACGUGCGGGGCUGCGAAGUGCAGGGCAUGCUGGAUGACCGGGGGCGUGUCAUCGAGGAAGGUCCCGAACCGAAACCCAAGCUUCGCGGCGACUCUAGAACAUUCCGUGUCUGGCUGGACCCCAACCAGUAUCAGCAGGACAUGACCAAUAGCAUUCAAGCUGGCACAGAGGAUCCCUACGAGACAUUCAACAUCAUCAUGAGACGCAAGCCGAAAGAAAAUAACUUCAAGGCUGUUCUGGAGACCAUCAGAAACCUGAUGAAUACCGAAUGUGUCGUCCCCGACUGGCUUCACGACAUCAUCCUUGGUUACGGCGAUCCAGGCAGCGCCCAUUACUCAAAAAUGCCGAAUCAGAUCUCCACGUUGGACUUUAAUGACACCUUUUUGUCCAUGGACCACCUAAAAUCCUGCUUCCCCGGUUCUACCAUUAAGGUCACAGAGGAGAAUCCUGAACUGCAGGUCCCACCUUUCAGAAUCAAGUUUCAACUCUCAAACCAAACCGACAAAGGAAAAAAGAGGAAGGCAAAUGAUGAUGAUGUGAAAGAGGAGCACACGACCUUGAUUGUUUCACCCUAUGUCACCCCCAACCGUGGGCCUUAUCCAUAUAACCAGCCUAAGAGGAACACGAUUCACUUCACGCCUACUCAGAUUGAAGCCAUCCGAGCAGGCAUGCAGCCAGGGCUCACCAUGGUUGUCGGACCGCCGGGUACUGGCAAGACCGACGUUGCCGUCCAGAUCAUAUCAAACAUCUACCACAACUUUCCUGAUCAGAGGACCCUCAUAGUCACACACUCUAACCAGGCUCUUAACCAGCUGUUUGAAAAAAUCAUGGCGCUGGACAUUGACGAGCGCCACCUCCUGCGUCUUGGCCACGGAGAAGAGGAACUGGAGACCGAGAAGGACUUCAGCAGGUAUGGCCGGGUGAACUACGUCCUGGCCCGACGACUGGAGCUACUGAAAGAGGUCGGAAGGUUUCAGGAGAGCUUGGAUGUCCCUGGUGAUGUGUCCUACACCUGUGAGACAGCUGGACACUUCUAUCUCUACCAGGUGAUCUCCAGGUGGGAAGAAUAUCUCAGCAAAGUCAAGCCAAAAGAGGGUGGGACAGUGGAGGUUGAGGCCGUGGCAGCGCUUUUCCCUUUCCACAAGUACUUCUCCAAUGCCCCCCAGCCCGUGUUCAAGGGCCGCUCCUAUGAGGAGGACAUGGACAUCGCGGAGGGCUGUUACCGCCACAUUAAGAAGAUAUUUACCCAGCUGGAGGAGUUCAGAGCCUUCGAGCUGCUCAGGAGUGGACUCGACCGCACCAAGUACUUACUGGUGAAGGAAGCCAAAAUCAUCGCCAUGACCUGCACACACGCCGCCCUCAAAAGACAUGACCUGGUGGAACUGGGAUUCAAGUAUGACAACAUCCUAAUGGAGGAAGCUGCACAGAUUCUGGAGAUCGAGACCUUCAUCCCCCUGCUCUUACAGAACCCAGAGGAUGGGUACAGCAGGCUGAAACGUUGGAUCAUGAUUGGCGAUCACCACCAACUGCCCCCUGUCAUCAAGAACAUGGCCUUCCAGAAGUACUCCAACAUGGAGCAGUCGCUGUUCACUCGCUUUGUGCGCCUUGGCGUGCCCACCAUUGAUCUGGACGCCCAGGGACGUGCACGCGCGAGUUUGUGCAACUUGUACAACUGGCGCUACAAGAACCUGGGGAACCUGCCUCACGUCCAGCAGUUGCCUGAAUUUCAGGUACCCAACCCUGGGUUGACAUUCGACUUCCAGCUCAUAAACGUGGAGGAUUUCAAUGGCGUGGGUGAAUCGGAGCCUAACCCUUACUUCUACCAGAAUCUGGGCGAGGCCGAGUAUUCAGUGGCUCUCUUCAUGUACAUGCGUCUAUUGGGCUACCCGGCCGACCGCAUCAGCAUCCUCACGACCUACAAUGGACAGAAGCACCUGAUUCGUGAUGUCAUCAACCAGCGCUGCGCCGGGAACCACUUCUUCGGGCAACCGAACAAGGUGACGACUGUUGACAGGUUCCAGGGUCAGCAGAACGACUACAUCAUCCUUUCACUGGUCCGAACCAAAGCUGUAGGACACCUCAGGGAUGUGAGGCGACUGGUUGUGGCCAUGUCCCGAGCACGUUUGGGCCUGUACAUCUUCGCCCGGGUGGCACUCUUCCAGAAUUGCUUUGAGCUGACGCCUGCCUUCAACCAGCUCACCGAGCGUCCCCUACAGCUGCACAUCCGGCCACACGAGUACUACAGCCAGGAGCAGCCGAGAGAUGCUUCUGACCGGCCAGACCAGGUUGUCCAAAACAUGCCUGAGAUGGCCAACCUAGUGUACAGUAUGUACAUGCACAUGAUACAGACUUCACAAAAGAGACAGCAGCAGCAGCAACUAGCCAAGCCUCCGCCGCAGACCGAGCUUGCUGAGAAGAAGGAAGAGGAAGUCCCGGAGCAAACGCCCAUGGAGACAGAGAGUCAAGAUGGAGGUGAGGAGGCAGCUGAAGGAAAGGUCGACGGAGCCCAGCCAAAGUCUGAGGGAGACGCCGGCAAGCAGGAAGAAAAGCAAGAAGUAACCAAGAUGCCCAAACACCCUGGACAGGACAGCGACAGCGAUGAAGAGAACGGAGACCAUCAGAAGGGAGUAGAAGGACAAGAGCAAUAAUGGAGGCAGGUCAUUUUGGACUAUUUGAAAAAACAAAUUGGAACAUUUACAAGUGUGAUUAAUCAUAUUGUUUUUUGUAAUUUUAAUAAAAAAGUAAAUAAAUACAGACGUUAAUUAUUCUCUGUUCAUUGGACAAACAGUGAUCCCUCGUUUUUUGCGGUUAAUGGGGACCAGAACCCGCUGCGAUAAGUGAAAAACUGCAAAGUAGCGCCCCCCCAAUAGACAAGUUUCCUGAGCGAAAUAUCGGCGGCGCCAUCUUGAACAAGUUGGGGUUGAAGUUAGCAGUGUGUUGAUGACGUUAAAACUGCGUGAUCAAGCCAGAGGAACCCACAGAAUCUUCAAAAAUGGAUUCAGCACAACCUAGAUGAGACGUAGGGGAGAUUGGAUGACCAUUCGUGAACAACAUUAUAACAACCUUCCAGCCUGUGUUGACUUGAGGUAUAGAUUGAUACGCCGGCCACUUGAGUGACCAAAAUGAGGUGAAAUUACAAAUUAUGUUACAUUUGGCGAAUGCGGAAGGGCAACCACGGAUUUUGUUGUGACAAGGAAAUACGACAAACUAUGUACAUAUAAACUAAAAUAGUAUGUCAUUCUUUUUUAUUGCAG